AUGGAAGUGAGCAGCAGCGUCGCCAUGUUGGUGCCAGACCUUGGGGAACAGGAAGCUAUAUUGACGGCCGACACUGUCAUCGGUUCUUCACUGGAAAUUGAUGGACAGAGUUCAGCUAAAACGGAUCCAUUAAUCCAUGUUAUCCAGAAGUUGAGCAAGAUAGUGGAACAUGAAAAGUCACAAAAAUGCCUUCUGAUUGGGAAGAAGCGCUCCCGUCCAAGUGCUGGGGCGAGCUCUCCGGAAGCCCAGGAGCUCGGGGAGAUCCCAGCGAAAGGAGCCCCGCCCCCCAUGGCUGACAGAAGGGUCGAGCCGGCACAGAUCCCUUCCAGCCCGGACCCUCUCGCCCAGAACGACGGGAAGGCUAUGUCCUACCAGUGCAGCCUGUGCAAGUUCCUGUCCCCGUCUUUCUCUGUGCUCAAGGACCACAUCAAGCAGCACGGCCAGCAGAACGAAGUGAUCCUGAUGUGCUCCGAGUGCCACGUCACCUCCAAAAGCCAAGAGGAGCUGGAAGCCCACGUGGUGAAUGACCACGAAAACUUUGCCAACGGCCCCGUUCCGCCCAGAGCCGAGCCGUGCGUGAGCCCCUCCAGCGCUGUGUGCCUGAGGCCCGCCGAGCGGAAGCAGGAAGGCGCCCCCGACCUCUCCGUCAGCCUGCGUGCUCCACAGACGCACGUCGUCCCCGCCGCGUCUGAGAAGGACAGGGGGAGGAGGAAGUGGUACGCCUACGAGCAGUACGGCAUGUACCGGUGCCUGUUCUGUAGCUACACGUGCGGGCAGCAGCGAAUGUUGAAGACGCACGCUUGGAAGCAUGCCGGGGAGGUGGACUGCUCCUACCCGAUAUUUGAAAAUGAGAACGAGCCCCUGGGCCUGCUGGGCUCCUCGGUGGCCACUGCGCCCGGCGGGGUCGACGCCGUGGUCAUCGCCAUCGGAGAGAACGAGCUGAGCAUCCACAACGGGCCGGCGGUCCAGGUACAGAUCUGCAGCUCAGAGCCUCUGUCCGCGGCGGCGGCCCUGCCGGGUGCCGGGCGGGACACGGGCCUCCGCGGGGCGGUGGCCCUUGGGCCACACGAGGAGGACGUGCUGGAGGUGAUCUCCGACGCGGAGGAGGGCCUGGUGGCCGACAGCCUCCUCUCGUCGGCACAGAAGAUCAUCAGCAGCAGCCCCAACAAGAAGGGCCACGUGAACGUGAUCGUGGAGCGUCUGCCCGGCGCCGAGGAGACCGUGCUGCAGAAGCCUUUCCUCGUGAACGCCGCGCGGGAGGAGGGGGGCCUCCCGCCUCCUGCAGGGCCCCCGCCAGGCUGCGAGGGGCGAGAGGAGGCCUAUCGUGCCGACCAGUGCACCGUCGACAUCGGGGGGCUGAUCAUAGGCUGGAGCAACACGGAGAAGAAGGAGAGCGAGCUGAUCCAUCCGGGACUGGCCCCCGACGAGAACGCGCCCCCGGGCCGAAGGAGGACCAAUUCCGAGUCCCUGAGGCUGCACUCGCUGGCGGCGGAAGCCCUGGUCACAAUGCCCAUCAGAGCCGCCGAGCUCACGAGAGCCAACCUGGGGCACUACGGCGACGUCGGCCUCUUAGACCCAGACACCGGGCAGCGGCAGGUGGACAGCACCUUGGCAGCCUAUUCUAAAAUGAUGUCACCCCUCAAAAACUCUUCCAACGCGUUAGCGAGCUUUAACCAAAGCAGCUGCCCCUUGGUGGCGCUCCCGGACGGCAGGCAGGAGCUGUCUGACGGGCAGGCGAAGACGGGCAUCAGCGUGUCCUUGCUCACCGUCAUUGAGAAGCUGCGGGAGAGGACGGACCAGAACGCCUCGGACGAGGACAUCCUGAAGGAGCUGCAGGACAACGCCCAGUGCCAGCCCAGCGGCGAGGGUGGCCUGUCAGGCGGCGGCGUGGUGGAGUACAUCCCCAACGCCGAGCGGCCCUACCGCUGCCGCCUCUGCCACUACGCGAGCGGCAACAAGGGCUACAUCAAGCAGCACCUGCGGGUGCACCGGCAGCGGCAGCCCUACCAGUGUCCCAUCUGUGAGCACGUGGCCGACAGCAGCAAGGAGCUGGAGAGCCACAUGAUCCACCACUGCAAGGCCCGGCUGUACCCGUGCAAGCGCUGCGCCGAGGCCUUCCACUAUAAGAGUCAGCUGAGGAGCCAUGAGAGGGAGCAGCACAGCCUUCCAGACCCCCUGUCAGUGGUGGCUUCUGCUGAGCCCAGGGUCCCCAGGGACACCGCCGAGGCCAAGUGUGCCCAGGAAGAGAAUAAGUCUUCAGUCCAGAAACAGUACAGAUGCGACGUGUGUGAUUACACAAGUACAACAUAUGUUGGUGUCAGAAACCACAGACGGACCCACAACUCGGACAAGCCGUACAGGUGCUCUCUGUGUGGCUACGUGUGCAGCCACCCGCCUUCCCUGAAGUCGCACAUGUGGAAGCACGCCAGUGACCGCAACUACAACUACGAGCAGGUGAACAAGGCCAUCAACGACGCCAUCUCCCAGAGCAGCAGGGUUCUAGGGAAGUCCCCUGGAAAGACUCAGACAAACAGCAGUGAAGAAGGAGCCGACCCCCCUACUGGGGGUGUGGACACCGUGGUGUCGUCCUCGGAGCCGGCUCCUCAGACUCCCCAGGCUCCCACCGAGCGCGAGAAACUGAGCCCCACAAGUAACUCCUCGUGUCGCUCCGACAAGAGCCCGGGGGCGGCCCCCCCGGGGAUGGAGUACUGCGUCUUACUCUUCUGCUGCUGUAUCUGUGGUUUCGAGUCCACCAGCAAAGAAAACCUGUUGGAUCACAUGAAGGAGCACGAGGGUGAGAUUGUCAACAUCAUCCUGAACAAGGAGCCCGGCGCAGCUCUCAACACGAGCUAG